AUGGACCGGAUCCCUGCUUGUGACCUGGCGAUGACUCCUGUAGGUCUGGGGGCCGCACUGGGGGACCUGGUCUCCAUGUCCCCAAACGCCACCGGGAUGGGAACACCGGGGGUCUCGGUGGCCACCAGGACCCUGAUCCUGCUGGUGUGUGUGCUGCUGGUCGCCUGGAGCCACACAGACAGGAGAACCGUGCCAGGUCCAGCUUUCUGUCUGGGUCUGGGGCCACUUCUCUCAUACGUGAGAUUCAUGUGGACGGGGAUAGGCACAGCCAGCAACUACUACAACAAGAAGUACGGAGACAUUGUCAGAGUCUGGAUCGAUGGAGAGGAGACACUCAUCCUCAGCAGGGCAUCAGCCAUUCACCACGUGCUGAAGAACGGACAUUACACGUCUCGUUUUGGGAGCAAGCGGGGACUGAGCUGCCUCGGCAUGUAUGAGAGAGGCAUCAUCUUCAACAACAACGUGUCAAUGUGGAAAGAGAUACGCACCCAUUUCAGCAGAGCUCUGACAGGUCCAGGUCUGCAGAAGACGGUGGAGGUCAGCGUCUCCUCCACACAGACUCACCUGGAUGACCUGGACAGUUUGGACCAUGUGGACGUCCUCAGCUUGCUGCGCUGCACCGUGGUCGACAUCUCCAACAGACUCUUCCUGGAUGUGCCUGUGAAUGAGAAAGAGCUGCUGGUGAAGAUUCUGAAGUAUUUUGACACAUGGCAAACCGUGUUAAUCAAACCAGACGUGUACUUCAAGUUGGACUGGAUCCACCAGAGGCACAAGGCGGCAGUCAAGGAGCUGCAUGAUGCCAUAGGCGACCUGGUGGAGCAGAAGAGGAGAGAGGUGGAGCAGGCAGAUAAACUGGACAACAUCAACUUCACCACAGGCCUCAUCUUUGCACAGAACCAUGGCGAGCUGUCUGCGGAGAACGUGGUGCAGUGCGUGCUGGAGAUGGUGAUCGCGGCGCCAGACACCCUGUCCGUCAGCCUCUUCUUCAUGCUGCUGCUGCUCAAGCAGAAUCCAGAUGUGGAGCUGCAGCUGCUGCGAGAGAUUGAUACUGUAGUAGGUGAGAGGCAGCUGCAGAAAGGCGACCUGCAGAAGCUGCAGGUGCUGGAGAGCUUCAUCAACGAGUGCCUGCGCUUCCACCCGGUGGUGGACUUCACAAUGCGCCGAGCCCUGUCCGAUGACGUCAUCGAUGGCUACAGGGUCCCGAGGGGCACGAACAUCAUCCUCAACACGGGACACAUGCACCGUACUGAGUUCUUCUGCAAACCUGAUGAAUUCCGCCUGAGCAACUUUGAGAAAAAUGCUCCUCGACGUUACUUCCAGCCGUUCGGUUCAGGCCCUCGCUCCUGCGUUGGCAAACACAUCGCCAUGGUGAUGAUCAAAUCCAUCCUGGUGACAUUGCUCUCCCAGUACUCUGUGUGCCCCCAUAAGGGCCUGACCCUGGCCUGCCUCCCACAGACCAACAACCUGUCCCAGCAGCCUGUGGAGCAUGAGCCCGAGGCCCCACAGCUCAGCAUGAGUUUCUUACCCAGACAGAGAGGAAGCUGGCAAACACUCCCAGACUCUGACCUUUAG